AUGUUGGAUAAUGAGCUGGAAGAAGAGAAGAAAAUUCAUAAGGAGACCCAGGAAAAGUGCAAAGAUAUUCUACAAGAAUUGCAAAGGAUUCAAACCGAAACCAUCCCGCCUCCUGUUGCUGAGAUGCCAAAAGUAACCAGUAAUAUUGUGUUUGAUUUUUGUGUAGCCUUUGAAAAUGAUGCAAGAUUUUCUCAGAGCUUUCGAAGGGCUUUAGGGCAGACAUCAGAUUGGUUUAGUAGAAUUUUCAAUCACACAAAAACUUGCCUCAACAUUUUAAUAAAUAUGGGACGAACAAAAACGUCGAAUUGUGGACAUCAUGCAUCUAAUACAACGAACACCUAUAUAUCGCAUUUUAGUACCUCCAUCGGUUGACUCUGAUGAUAGUUGGUACAGUCGGUACAGAUGCCAGCUGAGCAUUCAAAAUUCAGCUCCCAAACAUAUUCAACUACUAUUAGAUAUAUGAUAUUCCAUCCCUAUAUGUAAUGCGCUCCUAUGUUUACUGCAUCUUCCUAGAAACCAUGUUUUGCUAAUGUAGUGGUCUGAUGCAAUCAUUUUUGCUAAUCUACUCCUUGCUAUGUAACUGAUAUCAACAUCCGUUUCAUAUAUGUAAUAUCCUUUCAUAAAUAUUA